AUGAACCCCGAGCUUGAGAGGGUCUGGCCGUGGAUCCGCGACUGCGCUUACGACGUCGGAUUCACUAAGGGCAAUGUCUUCGUCGGCCAAGCCAUGUUUAUCGAGAAUUUCACGGCCUCAUUCACGGCCGCGUUAAACAGAAUGAUCGACAAUGGGUUGAUCCAGGAGUUACAAAAAGAACGUAUAAAAAGAGUCUCGAAGGGCGAAAAUGGCGGAGAGGCGGUAGCAGGGGUAACGGAAAUUAUUCCCCUCAGAAGCUUUACAUUGGGCUCUCUGCCAGCAGAAGCAGAAACACCUAAGUGUUCCUGCAGUGGUGUGAAAAAGAGCGGGAGCGACUCACCAACAGUACGGCGUUAUGACUUCAGUGAAGUAAACCUGGAACUUCCAGAAAUUUGCGAAGCCCCAGCACAUACGUUCUUUUUCCAACAUCAAGUGUUGACAUCCGCCCAGACCACUCUUGAAUCUGCAUGCUAUAGGUUUACCAAGAAGAAUUAUCCAUCGAUUCUCACACGCAACAAAUGGCGGUGCCCCGAGGCUGGCGAGCUCACAGCGUGGACAAAAGAGUUGAUACGAGCGUUCGAAGCUGAUCCUGGACCUGCUACCAAAGCCUUACAUAGCCCGACAAAUUUUCCAAAAGCGCUAAGAGACCUUGCUGAGUUGAGGCAUACCACGGUUCAUCGACUUGUGGUUUCGGGUGAAAAAUUAUUGGGUUUGCUCGAGAACGCCUUCAAUGCCGUCAAAAUGUUCAAAGACAACAAGGCCAUAAACGCCAUUGCUCUACUUUUUCAUGGCCACGGGGAUUGCCUAAUUUUGGGUCAGAAAAUAAUGUAUUCUAGGGCUGAAAUGUUGGAAGAGUUACGAACCGAAAUAAAGCGUGCUAAAAGAGUGUUGGGAAAAUGCGAGUGGCAAGUAAAAAAGACUUCGGCGUGCGAGAAUAGAGUUUUAAAGUGGGGGGAACGAGGCGAUACGGCGUACGAGAACUUUUUGGAAGACCAACUGGAUUGGAUGUGUAAGGGAAGCUCAAGAAAGCCCUUGGAAUUUAUGGUUUCGGAAUUUUGGGAAGAAAUGUUGGAUGAACAAGUGGUGCAGCCGCCUGUCCCCGAAGAUGAUGAAGUUGGGUGGUAA